AUGUCAACUGAAGCUCCGACUGUAGCCGACGUGCCGAACCAGGAGACUGCUCCAGUCGAAAAGACUCCGGUCGAAGCCGUUUCGGAGGAGAAGGAGGAAACGAUCGCUGAUUCUACUGUUGACUCGAAUGGAAGCGACGCUGCUGUCAAACCGAACGGAGAUGUUCCAGCUGAGAAGACCGAGGAGGUAAACUCUUUCUUUAAAAAAAAAUUUAAAACGAAAUUUUUUAGCCAAUCGCUGAGGUAAAACCAGAGGAAAAGAAAGAAGAGGAACCAUCUGCCGAGACUCCAGCCGCUUCUGAUGAGAAUCCGAAAGAAGAAGAUAAGAAGGAAGAAGUCACCGAAGCCGCUCCUGCGGAGCCAGUUGCGGAAGCUGUGCCAGAGGUUAGUCCCUUUCGCGAUGUUUAGAGUUUGCCCCCGUGUGUGCUAUACACGCGUUUUAAUUAGCUGAGCGUAGGCUUGAGAUCUAUUAUCCGGCUUGCGCGUAAUUGGAAUACGGGAAAGGACAAUAUGCACUAAAUUAUAGAGGUCUUAUUUACGAGCGGUUGCAUGCAUAUGAGUUGUCAUAGCAACAUCUCGGCGAUCUUUUUCGAGCUCACGUUUUUCUUCCAAGAUACUAAUACUACUGCUUCACAAAUUCGUUAUUGAAAAUCUAGCUGCAGCCUAGUUGCGCGGGGGAAACGAAAAAUGGCAUUGGCAAGUUAUUUGCGCUCCCAAAAACUUUGUUUGUUCAGUAGCCUCGAUUCAUGAAGGACUUUUUUUUCAGACUAAGGAGGAGGCUCCAGUUGAGAAAAAAGAUGAGAUUACCGAAUCUUCAUCCGAACCGACUCAAGUCGAGGAGAAGAAAAAAGAGGAAGGUCCAGCUGAGACCGUUGCUGAAGAAUUGAAGGCAGAGGAAGCCCCAGUCGUUGAAGAGAAGAAGCCAGAGAAAGCCCCAGUUGCCGAAGAGAAGAAAGAGAAAGUCCCAGUCACUGAAGAGAAGAAGGAGGAAGAAACUGCUGCUGUCGAGGAAGCCAAGAAAGAAGAGGAUCCGGCUCCGACUCCGGUCACUGAAACUGCUGUUACUGCCACCGAGACCGCUGCUUCGACUGCGCAAGUCGCUUCUCCGACGAGCGAAGUCGCUGCGUCAGAAGCUGCCGAAGAACAGGACGAGGAUUCUGCUUCUACGCCACCGCCUACUCUCACUGCUACGACUGGAAGAGGACGCGGCAGAGGACGCGGCCGUGGAAGAGGCGCAGCUGCUACGACCACCCGAACUCCGUCGAAGAGAACGCCGAAAACCAAAGCUCCACUUGAUGCCGAAUCUAUCGCUGCCAGUAGACCGCGCCGCUCUACUUCGACCAGAAUCGACUACGCUAAUUCCGACACCAGCACUGUGCUUGCCGAGGUUGACGAUGAGAUUCCAGGAAAACUUUUCAAGGUAUGAUUAAUCCCCAAGUUUUCUUUCACAAUGUUCUUUUCAGGGACGCAAGGGAGCCCGUGGAAGGGUUACCACGAAGUAUGUGUCGGACUCCGAUGGAGCUCCGAGCGACGACGACGACGUUGAUUUCGGAAAGAAAAAGAAGGGUGGAGCCAGAGGCAGAGGCGCUCCCAGAGGUCGUGUCUCUACGAGACCGACUCGUGCUGCAGCCACGAAGAGAAAGCUCAAGGUACUUGUUCGAACAGAAGUUGUUUAUAACAAUUUACAUUUACAGGACCAGUCGGACGACUCGGACGACGAUGAGGUCGUGUACGACGACAAGAGCGACGAAGACGAGGUAAUCCCGAAGAGAGCUAAGCGCGGACCGGUGCCGCCGAGACGUGGAAAUGAGGCCGGCGAUGAGGAGGACGAAGAAGACGAGGAGCCGAUGGACACCGCCGAGGAGGUCGAAGCCUAA